AUGCUGCCUGCGGCGAUCGGGGGUGCCCGAGCCGCGCCAGCCCGCUACGUGCGCCCCCAUCCACACCCCCGCUGGGCUUGCCCGGGAGACUUGAGGUUGUCUCCCCCUCGGAGGGGGAGGAGGGGGGAAGAGCAAGCUCCAAGGGGCCCCGAGGUGCGACCGCGGAGGGAUCCGAGCGGGCCGGCGUGCGCCCGCCCCCCGCGCGGCGGCCGCUGCCUCCCCGAUAUAGUGCGGCGCGGGGAGGCGCUGGCAGGCACUGGGCGGGCGGCGGCGCCGGGCGAGCAUCUCCAACUCGGAACUGUCCACCGGCGCCAGCUCCUGAACAUGAGCCUCCUGCCUCUCUACCUGCUCGGAUUGCUCCUCAGCAGCGGGCAAGCUCUACUUCAAGUUUCAAUUUCACUGAGCAAAGUUGAGCUCAGUGUGGGUGAAUCCAAAUUCUUCACAUGCACAGCCAUUGGUGAGCCUGACAACAUAGAUUGGUACAAUCCACAAGGAGAGAAGAUUGUUUCUAGUCAAAGAGUGGUUGUUCAGAAAGAAAGUAAUCGAUCACGUCUAACCAUUUAUAAUGCGGAUAUAGAAGAUGCUGGUAUAUAUCGGUGUCAAGCAACAGAUGCUAAAGGACAAACUCAAGAAGCUACUGUUGUUUUGGAAAUUUAUCAAAAGCUCACUUUCCAAGAUGUAAUAUCUCCACAAGAGUUCAGACAGGGAGAAGAUGCAGAAGUUGUUUGCCGUGUUACUAGUUCACCUGCUCCCAUUGUCAGCUGGUUGUAUCGGAAUGAGGAAGUCACAGCUAUUGCUGACAAUCGAUUUGCAGUAUUAGCAAACAAUAAUCUCCAAGUUCUUAACAUCAGUAAAAGUGACGAAGGAGCAUACAGAUGUGAAGGAAGAGUGGAAGCCAGAGGAGAAAUUGACUUUCGGGACAUAAUUGUUAUUGUGAAUGUUCCCCCUGCAAUUAUUCUGCUACAGAAAUCUUUUAAUGCCACUGCAGAUCGAGGAGAGGCAAUAAGUUUGUUCUGCAGAGCCACUGGGUCACCUCCACCUGAAAUCAGUUGGUAUAGGAAUGGUAAACUUAUUGAAGAAAAUGAAAAAUACAUGCUGAGAGGAAGCAAUACAGAACUAAUAGUAAGAGAUAUAAAAAAUAUUGAUGCUGGUCCUUAUAUCUGUAAUGCUAAAAACAAAGCAGGAAAUGAUAAAAAACAGACAUUUCUUCAAGUUUUUGUACAGCCUCAAAUAAUACAACUUAAAAAUGAAACCACAUUUGAAAAUGGGAAAGCUACCCUUGUUUGUGAAGCGGAAGGAGAACCUAUCCCGGAGAUUACUUGGAAAAGGGCCAUUGAUGGAGUAACUUUCUCUGAAGGUGACAAGAGCCCAGAUGGCCGUAUAGAAGUCAAAGGGCAGCAUGGAAAAUCGUCACUGCAUAUUAAAGAUGUGAAGUUAUCAGAUUCAGGCAGAUAUGACUGUGAAGCUGCAAGUAGAAUUGGUGGGCACCAAAAGAGCAUGUACCUUGAUAUUGAAUAUGCUCCAACCUUUAUGUCAAAUCAAACCAUGUAUUACUCUUGGGAAGGCAAUCCCAUCAAUAUAAGCUGUGAAGUGCUAGCAAAUCCAGCUGCCAUAGUUCAGUGGAGAAGAGGAAGAUUAGUUUUACCAGUAAAAAAUACAACACAUCUGAAGACCUACAGUACAGGAAGAAAGCUGAUUCUAGAGAUUGCUCCCACAUCUGACAGUGAUUUCGGACGUUAUAAUUGUACAGCCACAAACAGAAUAGGAACAAGAUAUCAAGAGUAUACACUUGGUCAAGCUGAUGUGCCAUCAAAUCCUUAUGGAGUACGAGUCUUAGAGUUGUCACAAACCACUGCCAAAGUUUCAUUCAAUAAGCCAGAUUCACAUGGAGGUGUGCCUAUUCAUCAUUACCAAGUGGAUGUAAAAGAGGUAGCCUCAGAAACCUGGAAAAUAGUUCGCUCCCAUGGAGUUCAAACAAUGGUUGUUCUCAGCAAUUUGGAACCAAAUACGACCUAUGAAAUCAAAGUAGCUGCUGUAAAUGGAAAAGGGCAGGGAGAGUAUAGCAAAAUUGAGAUCUUCCAGACCUUACCUGUCCGGGAGCCAAGCCCCCCAUCAAUUCAUGGACAGCCAGGAAGUGGCAAGAGUUUUAAACUUAGCAUAACUAAACAAGAUGAUGGAGGUGCCCCCAUUUUGGAAUAUAUUGUCAAAUACAGAAGUAAAGAUAAGGAAGACCAGUGGCUAGAGAAAAAAGUGCAGGGUAGUCGAGACCACAUCAUCUUAGAGCAUCUUCAAUGGACCAUGGGUUAUGAAGUACAGAUUACAGCUGCCAAUAGACUGGGUUAUUCUGAGCCAACGUUGUAUGAGUUCAGCAUGCCACCAAAGCCCAACAUUAUUACAGACACUCUUUUUAAUGGUCUUGGACUUGGUGCUGUCAUUGGCCUGGGAGUAGCAGCCCUUCUGUUAAUCCUGGUUGUGACUGAUGUUAGCUGCUUCUUUUUACGACAAUGUGGGUUGCUAAUGUGCAUCACCAGGAGGAUCUGUGGGAAAAAGAGUGGUUCAAGCGGAAAAAGUAAAGAACUGGAAGAAGGAAAGGCUGCUUACUUGAAAGAUGGAUCAAAAGAACCGAUAGUGGAAAUGAGAACAGAGGAUGAAAGAAUUACCAGUCAUGAAGAUGGGAGUCCAGUAAAUGAGCCAAAUGAGACAACUCCCCUUACAGAGCCAGAGAAACUGCCACUAAAGGAGGAAAAUGGGAAAGAAGCUUUAAGUCCAGAAACCAUAGAAAUCAAAGUUGCUAAUGACAUCAUCCAGUCAAAAGAAGAUGAUAGCAAAGCAUAAUAAGAUAAACCUCAGCUGUCUGGAUAAUGCAUUUGGAUUCAAGUAAACCCAAGACCAAAACUUUACAGCUGACCUUAAUUUCUUGGGAAACUUAAGCUUGGGGUAGUUAGUACAUGUGUACAUAUGAUGAAAUGGUUUCUGAAGACAGUACCUUUCUAUUUUUUUGUUAAUUAUUUUAGUAUUUAGGUUCGCUGACAUGAAGUCCCAUGGUAUGAAUUUGAAGAAUCUGUAGAAUAAGAUCUGUAAUUUAUUGUAUGACAAAGAAUGUCUAUUUAGAAAAAUACUUUACAAAGCAUCCCUAACCAGUGCAAGCUACAUACAUAAAGUGCCAUAUACUACUGUAUUUUUUUCCCUUUAUGAUAAAGGAAAAAAUUAAGUUGCCUUUAAGAAAAAAAGAAAACCAGUCUCAGUAUAAUGUUUAAGACCUCAGUGCUGGCAUACACUUAGUACUCAUUCCAGCUGUGUUUAUCACUUAAGAAAAUUAAAAAGACAUUCCAACCUAGAGCCAGCUCUAUCUGCAGUUCCACCUGGGUCUUUUGGUAUAGUAAAAAGUCAAUAAACUCAAUGUACAGAUUUAAAUAAAAUUGGCUAUAUAUUUUGUGGCAGUAUAUUGGCCAUAUCCUAACUACAUGAGUAUGACUCUGAGAGGCCCCAGGAUUUUCAGUGCUUCACGUUUUCUGAAUUAAUAUUUGGGUGGUUGCAUGUAAACUAGAAGGCAGCAAAGGUGUGAAAAGAAGACUAAUUUUUUAUCAUAAUCUUGGCUGCAAGUUAAAACUUACACUAAACACAAGCUCAAAUUAUUUUUCCAAUAUAUUAAUACACAUGUAGUAUUUAUUGUUCAUUUAGUUCUAACAAUUUUUGUCAAGGGAUAAAACUGCAUUUAAUGUAGUAAAUGCAUUUGCUUAAAAAAUGAAUACAUAGAAUAUUAAAAAGUUGGCCAUAUUAAGGUACCACUUUGUCCUUUAUGAUAUCAUACCUUUUGUU